UAUCUUGCUUUUUCCUCUACUUUUGGGUCACAAGUUAAAACUACUGAUCACUCACAGAAACGCCAACAAUGGCGGCUCCGCUACUCUUCAGAGGUCUCCCUCUUCUCCGGCUUCGCUUUUGCUAUCAACGUCUCCAGCAUCCUACCUUCGUUUUACUUGCUCCGAGGCUGUUUUCAGCUGCUUCUGAGUCGUCUCAGCCAUACGAUGACGCCGCGUCAGAUGGGGAACAGACCACCGCCGUGCUAAGGACCAAGGACCCGCCCAAGUACCCUAGGUGGCCUGACCCGGACUAUAGAAAAUGGAAAGAACGAGAAGCUCAGAUACUCAAAGAUAUCGAGCCCGUUAUUUUCCUCGCCAAGGAAAUUAUCCACUCCGAUAGGUAUAUGGAUGGAGAACGUCUGACGGCAGAAGAUGAGAAAAUAGUGGUAGACAAGCUUCUUGCUUACCAUCCUCAUUGCGAGGAUAAAAUUGGAUGUGGCCUCGACUCAAUUAUGGUGGAUCGGCAUCCCCAGUUCAGACGUUCUAGGUGUCUCUUUGUCGUAAGAACUGAUGGUGGAUGGAUAGACUUUUCCUACCAGAAGUGUUUAAGACAGUACAUUCGAGUCAUGGUGGGUCUUUUUCAAGGAAGGAACAAGAAAAUGACGGAUCAUAUGAAUGCUUGUGUGCGGCAAAAGGUUUUCAUGGAUUCAAUGACCAACAAAUGACCUGUGAUAUCUUUAGUCAAUGUGGUAGAUAUUAGUUGACCAGCAUUUCAUGUUUUAAUUGGUGGAAGUAAAAAUGAUAAAGAUUACACUUCCAUACUAAUUAGUUGUAAUGUUGACUGUCGCUUUCUUUUGGUGAAUCACUAUCUCUAUCUUCUUUAAUUCUUGAAGGCACAUUACUUGGCA